CGUUAGUUACCUAUGAGAAAAGGCUUCAGACUUGCGGUAUCCCGAUUGACACGAUACAUCUAAUCCCGAUUACAAGAGAAAAGUAUAAAUACCGGGUGUAACUCGCCUAUCAGUAUAUAUAUAUUCUUAGAGACUCAUUAGUCACCACUCGAAUAUACAAGAUCUAUCAGAAAAUUUCAAGAUGCUUCGGAAUGUACUGUCCAGGCAGCUCCGACCCCUUGCACGCCAUCCAUCCGCUCACAGAAAAUUGUCCACAGUCCGUACCAUUGCUUCUAAGGGAGCAACAGCAGCUAAGUAUGUAUCAGGUACGCUUGGAGGUGUGAUCAUCGCUUCAUACUUAACAGCUAAUGUACUUGGAGAUCCUCUCCCCAAGGAGACAACCAAUCGUCCCUAUCACUGGAUCUCUCCAGAAGCGCAGACAUUGAUCGCGAGAAGUUAUGAGCGCCAUAACAAGCUCGCAGACUCCAAUAAGGAUUCUCUUGACAAGCUUUCAGUGCCAGAAAUGAUGAGAAACAAUGCACAGUUAGUAAAAAUGUCGACUGAUUUAAACGCACAUUACGAACCACAGAAGUUACGAGACAGGCUAUCGUACGUGCUCAUGACAUCGUUAGAACACCUCAUGCAUUUAUUCUUCCGAGAGAAGUAUGAUCACCACGCAGUGACGCUUGAAACCCUGGCAGCUGUACCAGGCAUUGUGGCCUCAGCAUUCAGACACGCACGCUCACUACGGCAGAUGCAACCCGACCACGGGUGGAUCAACCCAUUGCAAGAGGAGGCUGAGAAUGAACGUAUGCACCUGCUUAUCUGGAUGCAGGUUACCCAGCCAACAUGGCUGGAGCGUCAGUUUGUGACCAUUAGCCAGGGCGCAUAUGCACUGAGUUAUGGUAUCCUGUAUGGUUUUUCACCAUCGACAGCACAUCGAUUCGUAGGGUACCUCGAAGAAGCGGCUGUGUCAGCGUAUACCGACUUUAUCGCUGCUCUUGAUUCUGGCGCGAUCGAGAACAAGCCAGCCCCGGUUAUUGCGAGAGAGUAUUAUAACCUACCCAAGGAGGCGACCAUUCGCGAUGUUGCGCUCAGAGUACGAGCCGACGAAUACAUGCACAGAGACUUUAACCACGAAUUGGGCGAUAUGCACACGAACGGACACCAGAACCUUUGUCCGAACUUUAUGAGUACAGAAAUAGGCAAGCGAAGAGUUCCCGCUGGCCCAUGGGAGCGUACUUCGACUGGUACACUCAAGCGCACAUGGACGGAUGAUAGUAAGUGGGAUGAUGAGCCAGUCAACGAGCCUAAGUUGCCACAGCCAGGAUCUUUCGGUGUUUCGCAGUAGUUCUGAACACGUAUGGGCAAAAAUGAGGACGAUUUUUUACGAGAAUCAAAGAAGAUAUGUAUAUACGAACGAUUUUUUAUUAUAUAUAGACACUAUAGAGAGCGUCAGCUAACGUUGGCGCAAACUUAGAGCAAUGGCCCUGCAAACAUAGCACUAGAUACGCGCCAAAACAAUAUGCUUCAAACACGCAAGAAUAACAUACCCUUAGCCGAAGGCUAGACGAGACAUUUUUUUUGCGUAAUCGUGACCAUCAGGUCAACCAAAGCAGAAGCUUAACAGUAAAUAAAGAAGGUAUAAAAUUUUCAACAAAACUGUACAAUUUACACCCAAACAAAA